CACGUUUGUUGUUCGCCUUCUUGGUACUGGAUUCCUAGCAUAAGUGUUUCUCCUUGCAUAGUAUGCUUCAAUAUCUGUCGGUAGCAGUAGUUUUCCAUUCUCUGUGUCUGCUAUUUAGGAAAUGCAUGCAAGGUCGUUUCUCCUAUGCCCAGCGUGGCUGGAGCAAUCAUGGCGUGCUGCUUACGUUAGUGUUUCGGUUAGGGUUAGACAAAAUCGGAAAGGGCUCCUAGGAC